AUGUUACUUAGAGCAGCUGGACGAAGUGUUUCUCACUUGGUAGCGGCAUCGAGGCAGCGGUUAGCAGUGAGAACGAUUGCGGUGUCGAGAAUUGCAUGCGGCGGCGGACACCAUCAUCAUGAGCCAACUCCCGUGUAUAUUCCUAAACCAGGAUCUUUGGAAUGGUCGCUUUGUGGAAAUCCAAAUGCGAAGCGAAUUUCCGAGGAAACCGAAUAUAAGCCAGCAGCCGACGAUUUCGUCUCGUUUAUAGGAGCAUUUGUGUUUGUUGGACUUACCAUUUUGGCUGUGGCCGUGAAAACUGACGCAUUCAACAGUGACAAACACGCUCACUCUCAUUCUCACACGAAACCUGCUAAACAUCAAGAAGAGCCUGUUGAGGCUCGUCAUGAGCAUAAGGUAGAGGAGUGUCAUCUUGAAGAGAAGAAAGCUGAAGACGUGCCAAAACUGGAAGAAGUGAUCUCUGAAGAUUCCGCACCAGUUGCAGAGCCGUCGGAGCCAGUGGCUUCUCAACCAGUCGCUGAGGAAGCGUCAUCGUCGAAGGAAGUUGAAGCUCAGCCUGUUGAGGAACCAGCUAAACACGAAUCCACCUCAAGUGAAGAAACUGCCAUACCAGCGGCUGCGCCAUCUAACAACGAGGAAACUCCAUCAACAAGCAGCGAUGAGAAAUCCGAAGCGAAAGAGUCUGGAGAAACGAAAGAGGAGCAAUUGCGAUGCGAAUAUGUGAUUAUCGGCUCGGGAACCGCCGCUUAUUAUGCGUCGUUAGCGAUUCGCGCGAAACACGGCGACGCGAAAGUGUUGAUGAUCGGCGAGGAGACCGAGUUGCCCUAUAACCGUCCGCCGUUGUCCAAAGAACUCUUCUGGUACGGCGACGAGGGCAGCGGCGAGAAAUUGAACUACACGGGAUUGUCGGGCAAAAAGCGCGACAUUUUCUAUGAGGUCGAAGGAUUCUAUGUGAAGCCAGAAGAGAUCGAGCGCGCUGAACACGGUGGUGUCUCGUUGAUUCGCGGAAAGAAGGUUCAGAAAAUUUGUACCCAAGAUCGCAAGGUGUACCUUGAUGAUGGAAGUUGCAUAGGAUAUGGAAAGCUUUUGAUUGCCACAGGUAGCCGACCAAAGAAGGAGAAAAUAUUUGAGAGUGCCGAGCCUGAAGCACAAGAGAAAAUCACAUAUUAUCACUAUCCAGCCGAUUUUAAGAAGGUUGAAAAAGGACUGUCCGACAAGUCAGUGAAGAAGGUCACGAUAGUUGGUAAUGGACUUCUCGCUUCUGAGCUUGCUUAUAGUAUUAAGAGGAAAUACGAAGAGGCUGAAGUGCAUCAGGUUUUCGAGCAACAAUUCAAUGCCGAUGAUAUUUUGCCGGCGCAUUUGGCGAAAAAAUCGACAGACGCGUUAAAGUCGAUGGGAAUUCAAGUGCACUCGCGAGAAAAAAUCACUGGUAUCCGAAAAUGCUGCAAAAAUGUGGUGCUGACGCUGAAAGACGGAAGCGAUCUUCGAAGCGAUCUCAUCAUUGUUGCAACCGGUGAGGAAGUGAAUAAUGAGAUUGCCGAAGCGUCGGGAAUCAGAAUCGACGAGAAGACUCAAGGGAUUAGCGCGGACAAGACGCUGAAGGUCGAUGAGAAUGUGUGGGUCGCCGGUUCGGUGGCGUCGUUUGAAGAUUCGGUACUGGGAACACGACGUCUCAGCACUUGGGAAAACGCGCAGGUGACCGGACGACUGGCUGGAGAGAAUAUGGCAGUGGAUGGAGAAGGAAAAGCAUUUUGGUAUCAGCCAUCGUUCUUCACCAAAUUCGCACCACACAUGCAUAUCAACGCGAUCGGAAAUGUUGAUGCCAAUUUGGAUACGAUAGCAGUUUAUGCCGAGCCGAGUAAGGAAACCGAACUGGAGAAGGCGGUGGUUUUCUAUAAAGGAAAACAAGGAGAGAUUGUUGGUGUUCUCCUGUUGAACGUCUUCGGACCAUCGUUGGACGUCGCUCGGCGAAUAAUCGACGACAAGAAGCAAUUCGACGAUCUCAAAGAAUUGGCAAAACUAUUCCCGCUCUAUGAUCCACCAAAAGACGAGGAGGAGAAGAAGAAGAAGGACUAA